AUGGCGGCGCUGCGCCUGCUGCGGCGGGCGGUGGGGCCGCCGCUGUGCCGGGCCGCCUCGGGGGGCCGCCCGCCCUCCGUGCCCGAGCGCAUCGAGGAGAAGCGCCGAGCCGCGCUGCUCGGCGGCGGCCAGGCCCGCAUCGACGCCCAGCACAAGCGGGGAAAGCUGACAGCAAGGGAACGAAUUCUUCUGCUGUUGGACCCUGGCAGUUUUGAUGAAUAUGACAUGUUUGUGGAACACAGAUGUUCUGACUUUGGGAUGGACUCUAGUAAGUAUCCUGGAGACAGUGUGGUGACUGGUCGUGGACAGAUUAAUGGGAGACUGGCUUAUGUUUUCAGUCAGGAUUUUACUGUAUUUGGAGGCAGUUUAUCUGGAGCUCACGCCCAGAAGAUCUGCAAGAUCAUGGAUCAAGCUGCUAUGGUUGGAGCACCUGUGAUUGGGCUGAAUGACUCUGGAGGAGCCCGGAUCCAGGAAGGAGUGGAGUCCUUAGCAGGCUACGCAGACAUAUUUUUGAGAAACGUGCUGUGUUCUGGGGUAGUGCCACAGAUUUCCCUCAUCAUGGGCCCUUGUGCUGGAGGAGCUGUGUAUUCACCUGCUCUCACCGAUUUCACGUUCAUGGUGAAGGAUACAUCUUAUCUUUUCAUCACUGGCCCGGAUGUAGUUAAGUCUGUUACCAAUGAAGAUGUCACCCAGGAGCAGCUUGGGGGUGCAAAGACGCACACCGCUGUAUCUGGAGUGGCUCACAGAGCCUUUGAGAAUGAUAUAGAUGCUUUACUCCAGCUCAGAGAGUUCUUUAAUUACUUACCUCUAAGCAACCGGGAUCCAGCUCCAGUUCGUGAAUGCCAUGAUCCCAGUGACCGUUUGGUUCCUGAGCUGGACACAGUGGUCCCAAGUGAAUCUACUAAAGCCUAUGACAUGCUGGAUAUCAUCCACUCUGUUGUGGAUGAGAGGGAGUUCUUCGAGAUCAUGCCUUCCUACGCCAGAAACAUUGUGGUUGGAUUUGCCAGGAUGAACGGCCGAACAGUUGGCAUAGUGGGCAACCAGCCCAAAGUAGCAUCAGGGUGCUUAGACAUUAAUUCUUCAGUGAAGGGAGCUCGCUUUGUUCGUUUCUGUGAUGCUUUCAACAUACCACUGAUUACCUUCGUGGAUGUUCCUGGAUUUUUGCCAGGUACAGCUCAGGAGUAUGGUGGAAUCAUACGUCAUGGUGCAAAGCUGUUGUUUGCCUUUGCAGAAGCAACUGUGCCUAAAAUCACUAUCAUCACCAGGAAGGCCUAUGGGGGUGCCUAUGAUGUGAUGAGCUCAAAGCAUUUACGAGGAGAUGCGAAUUAUGCCUGGCCUACUGCAGAGGUGGCCGUGAUGGGUGCAAAGGGUGCUGUCCAGAUCAUUUUCAGAGGAAAAGAGGCAAAUGCAGAAGCAGAGUACGUGGAUAAGUUUGCAAACCCCUUCCCAGCAGCCACGAGAGGGUUUGUUGAUGAUAUCAUCCAACCUUCGAGCACUCGUGCGCGCAUCUGCCGCGACCUGGACGUGCUGGCUAGCAAAACACAGUCCAGUCCCUGGAAGAAGCAUGCCAACAUCCCACUGUGAGUGUGAGCAGGUUUGCCACGCUGGGAGACGUGGCAGUGUUCUGACCACACAUACUCUAAGUGGAGGUCUACUUUGCAAUGGAAAUGCUUUGCUUUACUUUGAUUUUGCUAAUGACCAUCAAUAAAUGACAGUACACAGACCUCAUUUAAUUUGGGGUCUUACCAGUUCACCUCUAUAAA